UUAAAUUUUAAUGAUCUAUUUUGUAAAAAUGUCGAAUAAUUAUUAUACGAUUCUAUAUUUGCUAUUAAUUUGUACUUGUAUUUAUGCAUUUGAACAAGAAAUGACAGUACACAUAGAUGCCGGCAAAAUUGAAUGCUUUUUUCAACAUGCUAAACAAGGACACACAAUUGAUAUAGAAUAUCAGGUAAUAGAUGGAGGACAUGGUGAUCUUGAUAUAAAUUUCGCACUAGCUGAUCCAAUUGGCAUGAUUUUAGUUAAUGAUUUCAAGAAGCCGGAAAAUAUACAUAGACUUGAUGUUGCGAAAGAAGGACCUUAUAGGUUUUGCUUUGAUAAUAGUUUUAGCAUGUUUAACCGUAAAACAGUGUUCUUCGAGUUAAUUAUUGAUGAAGAAGGUGUCGAACAUUCUAAUGACAUUUUGGAUGGUCUUACUAGUAACGAAUAUUAUGAUAUGGCAGUUCAAGAUAUUAUGGACAUCUUCGGUCGCAUACGCAUAGCGUUGACUAAAGCUAGACAAUUGCAGGAUGUAUUACGUUCGCACGAAGCGAGGGAUCGCAAUCUUGCCGAAGCCAAUUUUCAAAUGGUGAAUGCAUGGUCAAUAUUCCAGAUUCUUGCCAUGAUUGUUGUUGGUCUGCUUCAAGUAUUUAUGGUGCGUAGCAUUUUUGAUUCAGGUACACGAUUAAGUAAACUUUGGCAAAAAUUUGGCCUAUGAUAGAUAUUGUUAGACAACAAAGUCAACUUAAACCAAAGAUACUGCUUUUUUGUGCAGUAAAAGAAGAAUACUCAUACAUGUUGCAUUUAGGGUAAUAUUUAAUAAAUUUAUGUAUAGUAAAUGAACAAAUCAGUUAAUAUUCAAACUUAAAUUGUUAAAAAGUUAAUAAAUU